AUGUGCAAGCAACAUUUCGCGGAGACAAACCAACAUCAGAAAGUGACACCCGCACCAAUGAUUGAAGUUACUCCAUACGUAGAACUAGAGACUUCAGAAGCAAAUGUAAGUAAGUAAACGUUAACCUUGGAUACAGAGUGAUACUGGUCAAUCUGUUGAAGAGUUCGCAGAAAGCUUUGGACGUCUUACAAUCGCUGAUGACACCUUUCUGUCGCCAGACACAAUAAGCACAGCUUCCACUCAGAGUGACGAGCCCUCACCUGUGAUCUUACAUGAGCCGCACGUUAAGCUGAGUGAGUUCCCGGCAGCAUGCAAACUUGAGCCGCUUGGAAAGCCAUGGAUUUCUUGGAUUGAUUCCUCUGAGCGUACAAGAGAACGUCAGACAAGGAGAGCCACAGAAAUAGUAGCAACUGUACUAAAGAGCGUCACCCCUGAUAAUGCUGGUGAACUCUGGCGACGUCUAGCCUCUUCUACGGCUAUGAACAAGGCCCUAGGUGUAAGCGAGUUGUCACAUUCAGAGCAUUUGUAUUUAGAGGCCCUAGCAGAAGCGUACCAGAAUGCAACCAGCUGGGAUACCCGUAGACAAGUGCUUUUGAUUAUGGCAGGGGUUGGAACUUUCAACAAUAUUUCCCGUUAUAUCCCGGGGUUGACGAGAUACCGAUACUCCGUGGCUAAUCUUCAUCGAUCACAGUUUGGCCGAGGCGCUCAAGUUCCACAACAGUCUACCACACGAAUACGAGUAGACUUGAGGCAGCUUGACCACUUUCUUGGUUUCAUCACAAGCCCGCAUCUUUUUCAGGACUUUCCAUUUGGGCAAAAACAUCUCAAGCUUUCGUCUGGUGAGGUUAUUCAAGUACCUAACGUAAUCCGUAUGAUGAUACCCGAGCGAGUGGUACAACAGUACACUCAGUACUGUUUGAAGAUCAACUUCAGACCAUUCAGCGGAACUACUAUGAGACGGGUACUCUUUGAGUGCAUGUGCCUCUGUAAGAAAUUCACUGCAGGGCUUAGAUUAUUUUGCAGCUGAAGGUGCUCGCGCAUUUGAUGAUCUCGUGGCCCUCGUACGCCAAAUAGGGAAAUUAGGUUCCGGCAAGGAGUGGGAGACUACAGUUGUGCAAGCAAGCAGUAUUUGAAGGGGGACUAUAGGGUAAUGUGAAUUCUGACUCCAGCAAGACAGCUUGAAUAAAACUAAAAGUAAGUACUUAUUUUAUCUCGUCAACAAAAUCAUUCCGUAAAAAAAAAAAAUUUGUACUCUUUUUCUUCUCUAAAUGGUGCACGUGUAACUAGCUUACAUAAAUUCUCGAGAUUAACAAUGCACGCACGAGGAUAGUCGAGGAUAGUCUUUUCUAAGGUUAAGGUUAAAAGUUAUUUGCCCCCCUACGUUAAUAAUAUAUGUUAGAUUAAAAAAUCAUUUGAUUAACUAUUAUAUUGAAGUAUAAGCACAGACAAACAGUAAUCUCAGUUUUGUUUUAUCAACAGGUUCAUGUCACAAGCCCCUCUAACGUAGCAGACCAUUGUGUGUUGUUUGCUCUUAGCGACUGUAGUGAUUCAGAUUACCAGCAACAAUGCAGUCACCAACACACUAAUCUUUGUGACCGUUGUCAAAGUCUUCAGGAAACUCUGGCAAAGAUUGAACGGGUCCUUGGCGAGACGACCUUUCCGACUCAGGACGCGAAAGACGAAGCGCUAUUUAUAUUCCAGACAGCCCAGCUGGCCAUAAUGUCCUGGAAAUGCCACAUCCUUAGAUCAGCUAACCAAUACCAAGCGAGAAUAGAUACACUGGAGAAACUUGACGACAACACUGUCUUGAUAAUUAACGACUGGGCCAUGAAGUUCCUGCCACAAAAAUACAGAGAGUCCCAAACCGACUGGUUUGGUAAGCGAGGUAUCUCCUGGCACGUUUCUGUCGUCUACCGUCGUGUGAGCGGGGUACUCCAGUGGCAGGGCUUUCUGCACAUAGUCCAGUCGUGCAAUCAAGGCAGUGCUGCAGUGGUUAAAAUCAUGCAGGAUGUCCUGAAUACCAUCAAGCUGGAACACAGUGAGAUUAACAAGGCGUUCUUUCGCUAG